AUGCGCACGAUUAUCGACAUGAAGACCGUCAACGAGGCGGCCCCGGCUGCUCCCCCGGUCACCAAUCGUACCAUUACCACCUCUCGCGGCCUGGCUGCCGCUUCCCCGCCUCCGACUGCCUCUCGUCAGGCCACUGAUUCUGCCAACCCUCUUCCAUCCCAGACCUCUACUCAGACCCAAACUGCCUCUCGCACCUCGGCCACUGCUACCGGUGGCUAUUACAUGCGCGAUCUGAUCCAGAUCGAUGUGAACUUCAAGGCUCGCGCCCCCCGCCGCAUGGCCACUAAGCAGAGAGGCAACAUGCCAAAGGUCAACCAAACCGCAUUGGAGCUGGCGGUCAUGCUCAAGGGACAGGUCCAGAUCUCCAGAGACUUGAAGAUGGAGCUCCUGGACCUCCGUGUCAAGUAUGAGGCUGUCGAAAGAGAGCUGCAGCAAGUCAGACAGGAGUCUGAGCAGCACCGCCAGGAGGCUAAGGCUAGGGCCGAGGCCAACCAUGCCUGGGACAAGGAGUGCACUGAACGGCUGAAAGGUUGGGAUGCUGCGCGGACUGCCUAUGAGGUGCAGAUGAUUGAGAAUGCUGCUCAAAAAUGGUAG